AUUUGAGUAAUUAUGACAAUUUUAGUGACGCAUUGUUGAACGAUGUGUGCUUUGCAUCGCUUGUGUUAAUAUAGAAUGCAGUAAACAUGCGCGUCAAUAUAUUUGUAGGUUUUAUCCAAAUAAGCCUAAUCUUAUUCCUGCAAAAUAUAGUUUGCAAUGACGAAGUUUGCGACAGGCGACCUCUCGGCACUAAAAUAGAUCCUCUACCGCCUGAUAAUCAGUUUUUUAUCGAAAUUGAUGGCAUAUUGGAUGACCACUACAUACCACAAAAUGAAUAUAUUGUUCGGUUGAAGGCGCGAGAUAAAAAGUCCACGUUUAUUGCGUUCACAAUAUCUCUGCAAGAAGACACUAUACCGAACAGAAGCAAUCCUCGCAAACCUAUAUUCUUGAAGGCUGGAAGACUGGAGCUCUUACCCAACUCCACCACAACCAAGUACAGUUUGUUUUGUAACAAUACUAUCAUGGAAUCCGACAUAACGGCCAAAAAUUUUGUCGAGGUAUUGUGGAGAGCGCCAGAUAAAGAAAACAAAUGUGUGACUGUUUUCGCUGUGGUGGCCGUAAAGCCCAACGUGUGGUACAGUUACGAAGGGCCCCUGUCUAAGCGUUUAUGUGAAGAUACAAGGAAAGCUGACGACAUGCAACCCUUGGAGAAUGAUAAUUGCAGGGUCUGUGAGGACGCUAGAUAUCAGCUGACAUUCGAAGGUUUAUGGUCUUACAACACACACAUGCAAAUAUUUCCCGAAAACGUGGACCUUGCGAGGUUCAGUGAUGUCGUGGGCGCUUCACACAGCAAAUCUUUCAGUUUGUACAAAUAUACGUCUGAAGCCACAUUGGGACUGAAGAUGUUGGCUGAACAAGGCAACACUACGAAACUAGAGUUGGAAAUUCAAGAAAAGUUGGGUAAAACGGUUCGUACAGUGAUCAAAGCGACGGCUCCGCCCGCUACCGACAUGUCGACCGUGACCAGCUUCCGCGCCACUCGGGAGCAUCAUCUCGUCUCUCUGGCCACUGGCCUGCUCCCCUCGCCCGACUGGUUCCUUGGAGCGGCUAACUUGGAACUGUGCUCAGUUCAUACUAACGAUUGGGCUGACAACAUAGUCUUCAAUUUGUACCCCAUGGACGCUGGCACUGAUAAAGGAACGAAGUUUGAGUCACCAAAUGAAGAACUGUCACCACCUCAGCCAAUAUCACCAUUAAAGAACAGUCCAGAAUUUAACAAAGAAGAAAUGAAACCUUUAGCUAGAUUGCGCUUAACAUUGAUUCGAACAUACGAUACACCCAACUGCUCGCUGGAGAUAGAGCCGGGUGAAAAAAAUCCAGACGAAGACAAUUCUGGCGAGAAUGGUGUUGACGGUGGAACUGACGGUGGUGGUGGUGAUGGUGAAGGUGAUGGUGAUGGUGAUAAUAAUGGUGAUAGCAAGGGAGGACCUCAAGAAACACCCGAACAAACUUUAACAAGUGCGGCGCCAGUUGCAGAUCCAGAGUCCACGAUAGAUUGUCCGAUGACGACAUGGGAGGAAUGGCUUCCCUGCGAAGGCGAUUGCGCUGAGGGUGUGCGAAACGGGUACCGCAUUCGGUUUCGCUACCACAUGGUUAAUGGUGUCGCAGUAGGCAAAUUCACAGAUGAAGGUAUCAAGAUUGAUGAUAGGGGAGUUCCGUCGUUAUGUAAAAAGAAAUAUUCCUCCGAUGACUUAGAAGAAAUAGAGGAGUGUGAAGAAAGCUGCGAAGAAGAAGCUGAAGAAACUACUGAAGCUGAAGAAUUGGAAGAAUAAUUACGAGAAAUGAUAUGGCGUAGUCUAUAGAUGAAAGUUGCCUUUUUAAUACAAAA